ACCUGUGUAAAAAUGUGCUAACACUACACUACAAGUACAAUGGUGUAAAACUACAACUCCCAUCCUGUCUGGAUAGCCUUUGGCUGCAUGGGCAUGCUGGGAGUUUUCUUUAAAACCCACUAAGUCCUUUAAGUUUAAAACCUAAGCUACGCUAACUAUGUAACAAUCUAAGCUAACUAAGAUACACUGAAGUUAAACUACGCUAACUACGUUGCCUAGACUUUUUUCUCUCUACCUCCCCACCUGCUCCACUAAGCUAACUACGCUCUCACUGCCUACACUACCCCUUACGCCAACUGCCUACACUACCCAUAACGCUGAGGAGCGGUAAUAAGCUGCGCAUGCGCUCCCCGUUAUGCUUAGAAUUCGGUAGUAAACUGCGCAUGCGCUGGCAGUUUACCGUGGACUCGCUGCUUACGCUUCCCCUUACGCUAACUUCGGAGCCGUAGUAAACUGGGCAUGCGCGCGCAUGCGCUUCCGGUUUUCUACGGCAUCCCCGGAAACUUUACAUCACUGGAGUUAUACGCUGCUGAGCGCCAUGGAGGAGGUGCUGGCCCCGGUGUAUAUCUACGGCACCGAAUACGUAGAACUUUGCGACAAUGUGCACACCAAAGUGCCGCGCCGGGCCAGCAUGGUGCACUCCUUGAUAGAAGCCUAUGGACUACUCAGGGAAAUGAGGGUUGUUAAGCCUAAAGUUGCUACCAUGGAAGAGAUGGCAGCAUUCCAUACUGAUGCCUACUUACAGCACCUCCGUAAGGUGAGCGAAGAAGGGGACAAUGAUGAUCCGGAAACUGUUGAGUAUGGACUCGGCUAUGACUGUCCUAUCACAGAAGGAAUCUAUGACUAUGCUGCUGCUGUAGGAGGCGCAACGCUCACUGCAGCUGAACACCUUAUGGAAGGCAAAGCCCGCAUUGCCAUUAACUGGCCAGGUGGUUGGCAUCAUGCUAAGAAAGAUGAAGCCUCUGGAUUUUGUUACUUGAAUGAUGCUGUUUUAGGCAUUUUGAAACUGCGACAAAAAUAUGACAGAGUGCUGUAUGUUGAUCUGGAUUUACAUCAUGGCGAUGGGGUUGAAGAUGCUUUUAGUUUUACAUCUAAGGUUAUGACGGUUUCAUUACAUAAAUUUUCUCCUGGCUUCUUUCCAGGGACAGGGGAUGUCAGCGACAUUGGCCUAGGGAAGGGACGCUACUAUAGUGUAAAUGUCCCCUUACAGGAUGGAAUCACGGAUGAGAAAUAUUAUCAAGUCUGUGAAGGAGUACUGAAGGAAGUGUUCACAACAUUUAACCCAGAAGCAGUUGUCCUGCAGUUGGGGGCCGAUACAAUUGCUGGAGACCCUAUGUGUUCAUUUAACAUGACACCUGAGGGCAUUGGAAAGUGCAUGAAAUAUGUUUUACAAUGGCAACUGCCCACUCUGAUCCUAGGAGGAGGGGGAUACCAUCUUCCUAACACCGCUCGCUGCUGGACAUACUUGACUGCUGUAAUCCUAGGCAGGACCUUAUCUUCAGAAAUCCCAGACCAUGAGAGUAUGGCCCAGAUUAUGUGCUGGAGAUCACACCUAGCUGUCGGCCUGACCGAAAUGAUACUCAACAAGUACAAGAGAUUUUGGCAUCAAUCAAAGCUAACCUGAGGCGUAUGGUUUAACUUGUCCCUGACAGACGCAUUUCCUGCUUUCUGUGGUCCAGUUCCUUGUACAGGAUGCAGAAAUAACUUGUGCAUCACAACCAAAACAUUACAGGAUUGUGCUAUUGUCCUCUAUGCUGGUUGAUGCAUAUGAUAUAUAUAGUUUUUUACUUGUUUUAAGGAUUUUUUGUAUUGUGAAUAUUAAACAUUUUGUACAAAA